CUUAUGGAUCGGCCCAUUACUAAUAACCCAGUCCCCCAACCCUAUUAUAACAUAAAUCAGAAAACCUAAUCUCUUCUCCUUCCUGCGCCGCUUCAUUUCUUUUCACUCUUCUCUCUUUGCAGCUAUCGAAGAUGAGUAAGCUUUCGAGUGAUGCUGUGAGAGAGGCCAUUACCGGAAUCAUGGCUGAUUCCAAGGAGAAGAACCGUAAAUUUGUGGAGACUAUUGAACUCCAGAUUGGCCUUAAGAACUACGAUCCACAAAAGGAUAAGCGUUUCAGUGGCUCUGUCAAAUUGCCUCACAUUCCGCGACCCAAGAUGAAAAUUUGCAUGCUUGGAGAUGCCCAGCACGUUGAGGAGGCUGAGAAAAUUGGAUUGGACUCAAUGGACGUUGAGGCUUUGAAGAAGCUAAACAAAAACAAGAAACUGGUGAAGAAAUUGGCAAAGAAGCACCAUGCUUUUUUAGCCUCUGAAGCUGUUAUCAAGCAGAUUCCUCGUUUGUUGGGUCCUGGUCUCAACAAAGCAGGAAAGUUUCCCACACUUGUUUCCCACCAAGAAUCUCUUGAAGCCAAGGUUAAUGAGACUAAGGCUAUGGUCAAAUUCCAGCUCAAGAAAGUGCUUUGCAUGGGAGUAGCGGUUGGUAAUGUCAGUAUGGAUGAAAAACAGAUCUUCCAAAAUGUACAACUUAGCGUCAACUUCCUCGUCUCCUUGUUGAAGAAGAACUGGCAAAAUGUUAGGUGCUUGUAUUUGAAGAGCUCAAUGGGCAAAUCUUACCGCGUCUUCUAAAGGGUUUGGUCAUUUAAAAGGUUCUUAAAUUUGGUGUAUUUGAAUUUGGGAUUAAUAUUUUGGUUGCUGUAAUAGCUGAGACAGGAGUUUUCCUCUUUCUAAAAUUUUGUUUUUGAUAAGAUUUUGAGUAUUUCUAUCUUGUAUCAUUGAAUGGUAUUUAAUUGCUUAGCAAGGUUGAACUCUCUUAUACAGCUUUUA